AUGCCAAAUAAUCUGCAAAUCGCCCUCAGAAAUGACUCAGACCUUGACGACUUGCACGCGUACAUCACGGGCAUAGCCAUUCAGCACAACAACCAACGCUGCUUGCUGAAAGCCAAUGGAAAGGAUCUGUACUUCCCGGGGAAGACCGACACCAUCGGGUCGCCUCUAGCGGAAGACUGUGCUAUUCCGCUCGGACCGCCAGGAAACACAGUCGAUGUCACGAUUCCUCAGAUCGCAGGUGGCAGAAUAUGGAUCGCGGAAGGCCAGCUCACGUUUUUGCUAAAUCCUUCUCCGGAGGCAAGCGCCUUGGUCGAGCCUUCUGUGCUCAACCCGAGCGAUCCAAAUGCCGAAGUGUCCUUUGGGUUCGCAGAGUUCACGCUCAACGAUGCUCAACUGUAUGCCAAUAUCAGCUAUGUGGAUUUUGUGCCCCGAAUUCCAAUCGCGAUUACGCUGCAGCAGCAAUCAGGAGAAGUCCAGCAUGUAGCAGGAAUGGCACCUGAUGGACUCGACCAAAUGGCUCAGAGUUUGGCCGCGCAAGCGCAGAAAGAUGGCAGGCCAUGGGACAAGCUCGUCGUGAACCGCAACGGGAGGAACUUAAGAAUCUUGAACGCUACGCAUGGAGGGGCGGUCGGUGCCAGCUUCGAAGGAUAUUACGAGCCUCAUGUGGACGAGGUCUGGGAGAAGUACAGGUCGGGCGCCAAGAUGAAGAUCGAUACUCAGGCAGGUCCUGGUGUGCUCCAAGGCUGUGUGGAUAGAAGUGGAAAGCUGAAGAUUGGAGAUGAGGAGUUCGAAAAACCCAAUACCGCGGACAUCUUUGGUUGCAACAGUGGUCCUUUCACGACAGGUCCUUCGCCGACACGGAAUGCAAUCAUUCCCAGACUUGCUGCGGGAUUCGUGCGCUCAUCUCUGUGCCAGUGUGAAGAGCACCCAAGCAACCCGGAUACAUUCUACCGGCAAGAUCCCACGAAUCAUUAUGCUAGAUUGGUCCACGAGUGUAAUAUCGAUCGCAAGGGAUAUGCUUUCGCAUACGACGACGUGCAGCCAGAGGGAGGUGAUGACCAGUCUGGCAAAGUUAAUGCUGGCGAUCCAGCUUUGUUCACUGUCACUGUGGGCGGCAAGAGUGCUGCUAGCAAUUCCGGUGCUCCUCCAGUGCCAGCUCGUCCGGACGCUGCGCAGGGUCAAACCUAUGACCGUCCAUCUCCACCGCCGCCUCCAGGGGCUCAAGGCGGAGUAGAACAAGGCAAGGGAGGACUCCGCGGUAAGCUUCGGGGCUUCGCAGACAGCAUCCUCAAGUGA